CGAAGGGAACUGGUCCUGCGCAGGACUCCAGGCUUUUUCAGCCCAGCUGGUUCCGGCUGGGGAAAAUGGCGGUGGCUGGGGCGGCGCCCCGGGAGCAGUUGGUGGGCUGGUGUACCCAGCAUUUGCGGAAAACUUUUGGCCUGGAUGUCAGUGAGGAGAUCGUGCAGUAUGUUUUGUCAAUUGAGAGUCCUGAAGAGAUACGAGAAUAUGUUACUGACCUCCUUCAGGGAAAUGAGGGCAAAAAAGGUCAAUUCAUAGAGGAGCUUAUAAACAAAUGGCAAAAGAAUGAGCAGGAGUUGAUUUCUGAUGCUCUGCAGCCAUCCUUCAAAAAAGAUGAAAUUUUAGACGGGCAGAAAUCAGGAGACCAGCUAAAGAGAAGUAGGCGGAAAGGGAGAAACAGACAGGAAGUUCCUGCAUUUGCUGAACCUGACACAACCAUAGAGGUCAAAACACCUUUUGAUUUGGCCAAGGCACAAGAGAACAACAAUUCCUUAAAGAAGAAGACAAAGUUUGUCAGUUUAUACACAAAAGAGGGACAAGACAAGCUUGCAGUCCUGAUCCCAGGUCGCCACCCUUGUGAUUGCCUGGGCCAGAAGCACAAGCUGAUCAAUAACUGUCUGAUCUGCGGGCGUAUAGUCUGUGAACAAGAAGGUUCUGGCCCUUGCUUAUUCUGUGGUACUCUGGUAUGUACUCGUGAAGAACAGGAUAUUUUACAGCGUGACUCAAACAAGAGCCAGAAAUUGCUCAAGAAGCUAAUGUCAGGGACGGAGAAUUCUGGAAAAGUGGACAUCUCUACCAAGGACCUUCUUCCUCAUCAAGAGUUGCGAUUUAAGUCUGGUCUGGAGAAGGCUAUCAAGCAUAAAGACAAACUGUUAGAGUUUGAUAGAACUAGUAUUCGAAGAACCCAAGUGAUUGAUGAUGAAUCAGAUUACUUUGCCAGUGAUUCUAACCAGUGGUUAUCCAAAAUUGAGCGGGAAACUUUGCAGAAGCGAGAGGAGGAGCUGAGAGAAUUUCGACAUGCCUCUCGGCUUUCUAAGAAGAUCACCAUUGACUUUGCAGGCAGGAAGAUCGUGGAAGAUGAAAAUCCACUAGCCGAGUAUCAUAGCAAGAUUUGGAUAGACCAGACAGGUGCAGCCACACAGAAGAAGGCUUUCCAUUCUGCAGGAUCAGAACCAGAGUUCAACUCAUAUCGGCACCAGUUGCGAAUCCAGGAUGAAGAAUUUCAGGAAGGCUUUGAUGGUGGCUGGUGCCUCUCUAUGCAUCAGCCCUGGGCUUCUCUGCUUGUCAGAGGGAUUAAAAGGGUGGAGGGCAGAAGCUGGUACACUCCUCACAGAGGACGGCUUUGGAUAGCAGCCACAGCCAAAAGACCCUCCCCUCAAGAAGUCUCAGAACUCCAGACUACAUAUCGUUUUCUUCGUGGGAAAGAUGUGGAAUUCCCCAAUGACUAUCCAUCAGGUUGUCUUCUGGGCUGUGUGGACCUAAUUGACUGCUUGUCCCAGAAUCAAUUUAAGGAUCAGUAUCCAGACAUGAGUCAAGAAUCUGAUUCUCCAUUUGUUUUCAUCUGCACAAAUCCCCAGGAAAUGAUUGUGAAGUUUCCCAUUAAAGGAAAUCCAAAAAUCUGGAAACUGGAUUCCAAGAUCCAUCAAGGCGCAAAGAAGGGGUUAAUGAAGCAGAAUAAAGCUGUCUGACCCAGGAGAAAAGGAACUAUACAGCCUAGUGGAGUUUUGUGUACUAAAAUUGUUAUCCGUUGGUCCUUUGGAACUGAAGCAGUAGAAAUCUCAAGGCUUGGAAUCAAGCUUGACACUCUCAGAAUGUAAACUCUUAUCAAACUUGUAUAUUUUUCUUAGGGAGUGGGAUUCUUUAUGUAGUGGGUCAAAAUCUUUGAAUACAUUAUUUAUAAAAACCUAUUUUAAAAAUUCUA